GGGUGGGGAGCACGAGAGGCCCUCGCGCGACCCGCCGACACUCAGUUGACGUACGGUCCGCAUUGCACGCAGACACACACUCAGAGCCAGUCGGUGCUUCAUGAGCCUUGCUGCAUCAGUGUCCGACGACGACGACGAGCGCGAUCAGUGACAAAGAAAAAAAAAGAGACGGACAGAGUUUGAUUUUGAAAACGCGUGAGAGUGCAGCGAUGCAGUGCGGCUAGCGUAGCAUGGCCACAGCCUACUUGUCCGCAUCCAGCAUCAACAGUUCGCCGAGUGCCGUGCUCGUGUUGGCCUCCUCGGGCGGCUCGGCGCCCGCUUCAUGCGCCUCCAGCAUCGUGGACUGUGCUUCGCGAAGCGUUCUCGGUUCAGGCGGCGGCUUCGCAGGUAUGAACAUUGUUAACGCGGCCGCAGCGGCCGCGGCGGCCGCCGUCCAGGGCUACGGCUCGCCGCGAGACUCGAACCCUCCGCCGGCCUCGGUGCCGCCGAGCAGUUCGCACGAGAUGAAGUACCUGCCGCCGCAGCACCACCACCACCAUCACCACCACGGCGGCCACGGGGCGCCGUCCAACGGCCACCCGUUGGCGCACAACCCGUGGGCCAGCCUGCCGCCGGAGCACCACCACUGGGGGAUGCACCACCCGGCCAUGCAGGACGUCAAACCGCAGCCGCAGCAGCAACAACAGGAGCUGCACCACGCGCACCACGCGGCGCGCGCGGGGUCCGCGGGACCCCCGCAGCACAUGGGCGGCGUGCCGCCCCCGCACCACUCGUGGCACUCGUCGCACUACAUGUCCUCGUCCAACGGCUCCUCGCCCCUCCAGCACCCCUACAGCAUGAACGGCAUGCUGGCGGCGGCGGCCGCCGCCGCCUCCGGGGGCGGCAACUCCCUCGGCGUCGGCCCGCAGCUGCACCACUCGCUGCGGGACAUGCACAACGGCAGCCCCAACUCGAUCGGCGGGCCCGACCCGCGCCACGACCCCGAGGAGGACACGCCGACCUCGGACGACCUCGAGGCGUUCGCCAAGCAGUUCAAGCAGCGCCGCAUCAAGCUGGGCUUCACGCAGGCCGACGUCGGCCUCGCGCUCGGCACCCUGUACGGCAACGUCUUCUCGCAAACCACCAUCUGCCGGUUCGAGGCGCUGCAGCUCAGCUUCAAGAACAUGUGCAAGUUGAAGCCGCUGCUGCAGAAGUGGCUGGAGGAGGCCGACUCGACCACCGGCUCGCCGACCAGCAUCGACAAGAUCGCCGCGCAGGGCCGCAAACGCAAGAAGCGCACCAGCAUCGAGGUGAGCGUCAAGGGCGCGCUCGAGCAGCAUUUCCACAAACAACCGAAACCGUCGGCCCAGGAGAUCACGGCCCUCGCCGACAGUCUGCAGCUCGAGAAGGAAGUGGUGCGCGUGUGGUUCUGCAACCGGCGCCAGAAGGAAAAGCGGAUGACGCCGCCCAACACCCUCGGCGGCCCGCCGGACGGCAUGAUGGGCGACGGUUCGCAACCCGGCAUGAACAUGCACGGCCACCACUACGCGGACAUGCACGGCUCGCCGCCGAUGCACACGCAGCACUCACACAGCCCACCAAUGUUGUCCCCCCAGCCGAUGGCGCACCAGAGCCUCGCAGCGGCCCACUAGCCCCGCGCCGCCCGACCCGCCGCGUGGUGGGCCGCCGAGGACGCAGACCCACGGGACUCGCCGCCCGUGUGUCCUCCGGCGGCCAUGACGCUGCACCUCUACCACCACAGGUUGCAGUGAGCGGGCCGGGCGCCCCUAGAGGGGGGCCCGGUGGCCCCCAACAGGGCCACCGUCCAGUGAUCAGAGACGCUGGGUUUUAAAAGUAAUUAAAAAAAAAGAACAA